GAAAUAUUGCCGUUCGGGGACGAUGUCGUGUUCCGUGGCGAUUGCGAGCUCACCGGCGUUCUCGCCUUCUCGCUUAUCGAUCUCGUGCAAGGGGUCCCCGGAAAACCUGGCCCUGAAUCCUUGCUCUCCCUCGGCGUCGCCCCGCUCAUGCUCGUCCUCGCCUUUCAGGCCGCAGCGGUUCCAGAGAGCGCCGAGCGGGCUUCGGGAGGUCGGUGCCGGGAUCAGCACCUCAUCCUCUCCCUCCGGAUUGGCUGUUGACGCGCCCUCGUCCUCGUCCCCGCCUCCGUCGAGUUCGGGUGGGUCCUGCUCGGUGUCGAAGAGGAAGAGGCCAGCGCGGAUCAAUAUCCCGUUGGCCAAGGCAUUGACUUUUGCGCCCGAGGUGUCUGAUGAUUGGAGAGAGGUGGAGGCGGAGAGCGCGAGGUAUACGGUGUAUUGCAAGAGGGGAAGGAAGAGGUUGGUGAUGGAGGAUCGACAUAAGGUGGCGCUGGACCUCAAUGGCGACCCCAAACUGGCUUUCUUUGGCAUUUUUGAUGGCCAUGGAGGCAAGAGGGCUGCUGAAUUCGCUUCCGAGAACUUGGGCGAGUUCAUAGCAGAAGAAAUGGUGACAACUAGUGGAGCGGGCGCCAACGACGUAGCGAAAGCUGUUAGGAUCGGGUACUUGAAAACCGACGCAGAGUUCUUGAAGGAGGAGGCGGAUGGAGGCGCUUGCUGCGUCACCGCCCUGCUUAGAGAUGGUGAUCUUAUUGUUUCUAAUCUCGGGGAUUGCCGUGCUGUGCUGAGCCGAGCCGGUAAAGCAGAGGCCCUCACGUCUGAUCACCGACCCUCUCGAGAAGAUGAAAGGGACCGAAUCGAGAGCCUUGAUGGUUACGUGGAUUACUUCCGAGGAGCAUGGCGAUUACAAGGUUCCCUUGCCAUAUCCAGGGCAAUCGGAGAUUCACAUCUCAAACAAUGGGUUAUACCAGAGCCGGAGACCAGAAUCAUUAACAUCGAAGCAGAAUGCGAGUUCUUGAUUCUAGCAUCGGAUGGGCUAUGGGACAAGGUUAGCAUUCAGGAGGCUGUAGACGUAGCACGACCAUCGUGUAUCGACGCUGAUAGUGCAUCAUCAUUGUCUGCUUGCAAGAACCUUGUCGAUUUAUCUGCUAAACGAGGAUCAUUGGAUGAUAUAAGCGUUAUGAUUGUGAAGCUGCAGCAUUAUGUUUGAAAUCAAAUACCCGAUAGCAUAAACACACGGCAUUUUGUUGGAAAAUUGGAGGAUGCAAAUCUUAUGAUGACGAAUUGCAGCAUUUUGGUCGAAAGGAUCCGUGUGUUCUUCACUGGCGUUGACUCCUUUGUCAGGGCCAUGAAGUUGUGACGAGCAUCAACACAUCGGAGAAGAAUGCUUUUGCACUCAUCAUCAUUGGAAUUAGGCAUUUUUUUUCAGUUUUAUUUUGAUUCUUUCGAAUUUUACUAACUCACAUUGUAAUUGACUUUUAGAAAGCAGCCAUAUUGAUAUGUAAGAUCUAAUCUCCUCUUUUGGCUGAAGUCAAACAGUUCUUCUGCUGGACUCAAAACUUGUUCCUUUUGGUUGGCUUAGAAAGACUUGACUA